AUGAACAGAAACGGAAAAAAAUUACAGAAAAAUGACGAAUGGAUAAAAAGGAUUUGCGUUUUGCGGAACCUGGUAGGCGGGAGGGGUGGAACGGGGAAGAAGGUGGCUGUGGCGGCGUUCGGCACGGUGGCGGGGCACGGCGUCGCGGUGGCGGCUGAGGGGGGCAGUGGCGGAGAGGGUUUAGGGUUAGUGAUAGAAGAAGGGGGGCUGCGGGUGGGUGGCGGAGAGGGGGGGCACGGCUGGGUGGCCGGCGGUGGGGGGGGCGGUGGUCGCGGAGGACAUUGGUGGAGAGGGGAGGAUAGAGGAAGAAGGGAGAAGAAGGGAGGGGAGGGGGUUGCGGCGGCGGCGUCUGGUGUGGAGGCGGCGUCUGGGUGGUGGUGCGGUGGCGGCUGGGUGGCGCUGGAGGAAGAAGGAGGAAGAAGAAGCAUAGAGGGAGAAGAGGGUUGGGGGUGGGGGGCUGCGCGACUGAUAGGGUUCGCGUGGCUGGGGGGGUUAUACUUUUGA